GAGACAAUUGAACGGGCAUGGUGUUUGUUGAAACAGCAAGAAUCAGUCAUGACCAUGAAUGCACUUAAGCGAAAGUACUCUGCCAUGCGAGCGGCCAUGGAGGAAUUGGAAAAAACAGACUCGAGACUGUUUAAUGGAACAUUAGAAAAGGCAGAGGUGCAGUUGUUUCCUAAACGUAUGCGAGUGCCCACCGACACUCCACCA